AUGUUCAAGAAGAAGCCCACGAUCAAAAAUCUUUCUCCCCUGCGGUCGUCCGACCGUCGAAAGAUUGCCGAUCAGAUUAUCAGCGAUUACAAGAUCGAGGUCCCACAAAGUGCACCGGUCGAAUCCAGCGGCGACGACUCAGCUCCAGGCGCAUCCAACCCAACGGCGCCAAACCUUACCUCCAUUCGAAAUGCUCUACUCCCCGAGAACUGUUUGACCGCACGCUUUACUACGACCGCCGGACCUCAGCUCCGCGAAGUACAAGGAACGGUGUAUGUUGGAACACAUCCCGGGGCCGAUGAACGGGUUCUGUGGUUCAGAGUCGACCACGGCCCCGGCGCCGAUGGACGCCUCUACCCUACGGUAUAUACACUUUGGCACAACCCAGAUCUGGUGCCACUGCUUCAUACCCCGCAAAUGGUCAUGCAGAAACUGCACGGAGGAGCCGACCUGAUGACGCCGGGUCUGGCCAAUGACCCGCCUUUCGACGAGCGUGCCGUUAAGGGCGCAGUGGUAGCUGUUGCAAGCCUUAAUAGGCAUACGGUACCGCUGUUUGUGGGUGUGUGCGAGAUCGACAUCUCUGCCCUUGGUGAGGUCCAGGGUACGAAGGGACAUGCCGUUCGAGGUCUGCACUGGGAGGGUGAUGAGUUGUGGGCAUGGAGCUCGUCUUCCAAGCCGGGUCAGCCCGCUCCAGAGUAUCUGGAAGGUUGGGAUGAUGAACUGGAAGAGGACGAAGAUGUGGGGGAGAUUGAAGAGGGCGUGCAGGGCCUAGCAGUAGGUGGUGAAGAGGCCACUCAAGGAGCUGGAGGCGAAGAAGUAUCAGAUGAAGCGCCUGAUGUCCCGCAGGAGGAGGUUCUUGAGGUUGAAGAGAAGGAGCCCACAACCAAAGAAAUUGAUGAGGCUUUCGAAAAGGCCUUCCUCUACUCCCUCUACAAACUCAAGCAAGAUAACCCAUCCGCUACCAACCACGGUCUAUCUCUACCCGUCCAACCAUCUGCUCUGAUAUCGAACAUGAUCACACCCCACCUGCCCAUAUACACCGCAAAACAAGCCCAAUUCUACCAAAUCAAGAAGACCAGUUGGAAGAACGUGAAAAAGUUCAUCAAAUACCUGGACAAGCAGCGUUUGGUCAAGUCCAAAGACCGCAACGGCCAAGAGACCGUCAUCCUCGAUGUGGACUUCAAUGACCGUCGCGUUGUAGAAUUCGUCCCUUACAGACUCCCAUCCAAGAACGCCAUCGAGAACGCAGGAAAACCUGCCACUUCAGCAAACAACGUCAAGUCCGCAUCUACAGACAGCGGCGACCCCUCAGUCGGCCAAACCCUGACGGUGCAGACUCUAUAUCGCCCAACCAACAAACUCACUCCAACCAUCUUCCCCGCUCUAUCCAGCACCCACCCCAGCAACUACUACAAAUAUACCGACAUCUCCACCCACCUCGACCAAUACAUUCAAUCUCAGAAUCCCCCGCUCGUCGACCCCAAAAACAAACGCAUCAUUACCCUCAACCCCUACCUCGCCAACACCAUCUUCACCUCCUCCUCCGCCGAUGACAAGAGCACUCUCGCCCGCGGCAAAACCACCCGUGACGGCCUCCUCAAGCGCCUCAUCGACGACCACUCCCUUAUGACAGCCCACUACGUCAUCCUGCGACCCGGCCAGACCCUCUCCGAGGUGAAGCCCAAAGCAGGCGCCGCCCCCAAGGUCAAUGUGAUCCUUGAACGCCGGACCGGUUCCAAGACCGUCACUAAGGUCUGGAACCUCGAAGUGUUCGGCAUCAUCCCUAGUCUCUUGGCCGAAGAACUGCAGAAGAAAUGCGCUAGCAGCACCAGUGUAACGCAGGCUACUGGCGCGCCCAAGGGCGUCAUGGAGGUGCUUGUCCAGGGAGACCAGCGGCGCGCGUUGGAGACGGCGUUGGUGAGACGUGGAUUGAGGACGCAGUGGAUUGAUGUUGUGGAUAAGACGAAGAAGAAGAAAUGA